AACCAAUAAACAAAGUCCACGCGAAAGUGAAACGAAACAAGUGGCGAUGUCGUAAUUUGCAGCUUGAACAUGUCCAAAACGGGUACACAGAUUAGUCAGAAGAGAGCUGUGUCAAUGCCGGCCAGUGGGCCGGAUCCAUCAUAAAUUAAUCGACACGAUCCAUCAACUUUUAGCACGUUCUAUCACGCUCUGCUGCUAACCGGAGAAUGACCAGAGAAAAACUCUUCGCCGUCGUAGCUAUUGCCGUUGUUGUCCUGUACUCGCCGGAGUUUGCACACUCUCAAGUCGUCGGCGACGAAUUCGCCGGUCAGAUCAACGAUACUGCGUUUCUACCGUUCAUUACACAGAGAGUUUAUAGCAGUCUCUCUAACACUACUUCUACUAUUCUCAAUAGUGAUGUCGGAAAUCGAGCUUCUUUCUGCGUUAAGGAUCGGGAAGUUGAAUGGGAUAGAGCUUUCAAUUUUUCGGAUAAUUUGGACUUCUUGACUGCUUGCAUCCAGAAAACAAAUGGGGAUGUGACACGGCGAGUGUGUAAUUCAGCAGAGUUAAAGUUCUACUUUGGAGCUUUCUUUUCAGGUGGUAGUUAUCUGAAGCCUAACCGUAACUGUAAUAUAACGUCUAGGGUUUCUGGUUGUGAGCCUGGAUGGGCGUGUGCCACUUCACCCGAUGAGACUGUAGACUUGGAAGAUUCGAAGAAUAUUCCUGCCCGAACUGAGAGCUGUCAGCCUUGUUGUGAGGGUUUCUUCUGCCCGAGCGGUCUUACUUGCAUGAUACCGUGCCCGUUGGGCGCACACUGCCCGACUGCAACCCUUGAUAAAGCUAGUGGCAUAUGUAAACCAUAUUCUUACCAAUUGCCUCCUGGAAUGCCUAAUCAUACUUGUGGUGGAGCCAACAUAUGGGCCGAUAUUCGAACUAGUGAGGAGCUGUUCUGUUCAUCAGGAUCAUAUUGUCCAACAAGUACGCAACGAUUUAAUUGCAGCAAGGGGAAUUACUGUCAAAUGGGGUCUACAUCUGAGAAAUCAUGCUUCAAGUUGACGUCAUGUGAUCCUGGAAGUUCAACUCAAAAUAUCCAUGCAUACGGCGCAAUGCUUAUAGCUGCCAUAUUUACUAUUAUGCUCAUCAUCUACAACUGCUCUGAUCAAAUAAUUACAACUCGGGAACGAAGGCAUGCUAAAACUAGAGAGGCAGCUGCAAGACGAGCGAAAGAGAAAGUAAAAGCACAUGAAAGGUGGAAAAUGGCACGAGAGGCUGCUAAGAAACAUGCAGCUCAAAUAUCUCGUACAUUUUCUCGUAAAAAGGCGGCCCCACAAACUGAGGAAAUGUCAAUCUUACGUCAAAGUAGCGAGGAUGUGGAUUUUGAUGAACCAGUUACUUCGUCAUCUGAAGAAAACAGAUUGGAGCUAAGAAGUCAAACGUUUAAGAAAAAAGAUGAAGAUCUUUAUAGUCACGAUCACGUUGUGGAAAGUAAAGAUACAAACGGUAAAAAGAAAGUUCAAAAAGAAAAACAAAUUCAUACUCAUAGCCAAAUCUUUAACUACGCAUACGGUCAGAUCGAGAAAGAGAAAGCCAUGCAAGAAAAUCAUAACCUUACAUUCUCAGGAGUAAUCUCAAUGGCUGUUAAUACCGAAACCAGAAAAAGACCCAAAAUUGAGAUUUCUUUUCGAGAUCUAACGCUUACUUUAAAAGGAAAAGAAAAACAUCUUUUACGAUGCGUUACCGGGAAAAUCAUGCCAGGUCGUAUAACAGCUGUCAUGGGCCCAUCCGGGGCAGGUAAGACGACAUUUCUUUCUGCACUGGCGGGAAAAGCACACGGGUGUAAAAUAACUGGUUCAAUUCUUAUAAACGGGAAACCUGACUCGAUCCAUUCAUAUAAGAAGAUAAUCGGUUUUGUGCCACAAGAUGAUAUCGUUCAUGGUAAUUUAACCGUUGAGGAGAAUCUCUGGUUCAGUGCAAAAUGCAGGUUACCGGCAAGGAUGCUUAAACAAGAUCGUGUUUUAGUUGUGGAGAGAGUUAUAGAGUCGUUGGGUUUACAAGCAGUAAGAAGUUCAUUAGUUGGAACAGUUGAAAAACGUGGAAUCUCCGGUGGUCAAAGGAAACGGGUCAAUGUCGGUUUGGAAAUGGUUAUGGAGCCAUCAUUAUUGAUCUUAGAUGAACCAACAUCCGGUUUAGAUAGUUCAUCUUCUCAGUUACUUCUUAGAGCACUUAGGCGCGAAACCUUAGAAGGGGUUAAUGUUAGUAUGGUUGUUCACCAACCAAGUUACUCGUUGUUUCAGAUGUUUGAUGAUUUAGUACUUUUAGCAAAAGGUGGACUUACGGUUUACCAUGGACCAGUAAGGAAAGUUGAAGAAUACUUUUCUGGGCUUGGGAUUAACGUUCCGGAUCGUGUUAACCCACCGGAUUAUUUUAUAGAUGUUUUGGAAGGUAUGAUUAAACCAAACACAAGUUCGAGUGUAAGUUAUGAACAACUUCCUGUUAGAUGGAUGCUUCAUAAAGGUUAUCCUGUGCCCCCUGAUAUGCGUCGAAAUACCGCUAUGUAUCCGGAAAGUCAAGUUUCAGGUAAUGACGUAAAUCACGAUGACGGUGCAGCAGAGGAAUAUUCCUUUGCCGGUGAAAUUUGGCAGGAUGUAAAGUCAAACGUUGAAGUAAGAAGAGAUAUCAUUCGCCAUAAUUUCUUACGAACAAAAGAUUUGUCCAACCGUACGACUCCUGGACUUCUCUUGCAAUACAGAUAUUUCCUUGGAAGGAUUGCUAAGCAGAGGUUAAGAGAAUCUAAGCUACAAUUAGUAGACUAUCUCAUCUUAUUACUUGCUGGGGCGUGUUUGGGAUCCAUUAUUAAAUCAAACGAAGAGACAUUUGGGGCACCUGGCUACACUUACUCCAUUAUUGCAGUAUCUUUAUUAUGCAAAAUUGCGGCAUUGAGAACGUUUUCUUUGGACAAAUUACAAUAUUGGAGAGAACGUGCAUCUGGCAUCAGCAGCUUAGCUCAUUUUCUAGCCAAAGACACAAUUGACCAUUUCAAUACAGCGAUAAAGCCAGCUGUUUAUUUGUCGAUGUUCUAUUUCUUCAGCUACCCCAGAUCUUCUUUUGCAGAGAAUUAUACCGUUUUGCUUUCCCUUGUGUAUUGUGUAACGGGCAUAGCCUAUAUGCUAGCCAUAUUUCUUGAUCCCGGUCCAUCACAGCUGUUUGCAGUGCUCCUUCCGGUAGUUUUGACUCUCGUUUCAACACAGACGAGAGACAGUGAGUUCCUGAAGAAUGUAUCCAAGCUGUGCUACCCUAAGUGGGCACUAGAAGCAUUUGUAAUUGCAAAUGCAAACAGGUACUCAGGAGUGUGGUUGAUCACACGUUGUGGUGCACUUUUAAGAUUCGGGUACAAUGUACAUGAUUGGGGUCUUUGUAUAUUCGUCCUCUUCAUGAUUGGUGUAGCUAGCCGAAUUUCAGCUUUCUUUGGCAUGCUCAUUGUUCAUAAAAGAUGAGUCAUGUUCGUGCUUCAAAAAUCGAGUAUAAUUAGAGUUACGGAUGUUGUAUCAAGAAAACAUAGUUAUACUAAUUUAUUUUAUACAGUUAAAGGACCUCAGUUACAUUAGAUGUAAAAUUCUUUUUAAAUAUCAUUCUUUUUUUAUAAUUGUAAGCGAAGCAAUUAUUUUAA